AUGGAUGAGAAAUGGAAGCCAUCGAAGAAGGACUUGAUGAUCGGCAGCAUUACUACUUCAACUAGCCAAUAUUCAUGUUCUUCUUCUUCUUCUUCUUCCUCUUCUUCAAAGUUUGGCUUCACAAGAAGUAGCUCAACGAGAAGCUCAUCUUCCAAGUCUCCUCUUCUGCGAAGCUUCUCGCAGAAGAGCUCAUCGUCUAAUAACAAUAAUAAUUCCAAGUGCGCCGAUCUUCCCCGGAGUUUUUCGCAGAAAAACUCCUCCAUCGGUCGCAAGUGUAGCAGCCUCGCUAAGGAACACAAGGCCAGGUUUUACAUCAUGAGGCGAUGCGUCGCCAUGCUUGUUUGCUGGCACAAACAUGGUGAUUCUAGAGAAUAA